AUGAAAGAAUCCACGCGUCUAUAUGGAUUCACAAAUACGGAAAAUAUGGCAAGAUUAAGGAACUGUUUACGUAGUGAGGCUAGAGAGGUAGUAUCUGCGCUGUUGAUUACCGUAAAGGAUCCAGCAUACAUUAUGCGGACACUGGAGCAGAGUUGCGGCCAACCGGAAAUAAUUAUAGAUCGCGCGUUAGAGGAAUUAAAACGCCUUCCGCGCCCGGAUCAAAUCGCCCAGGAAUUAAACUCGUGCGCUAUUAAAUUGCAAAAUAUAGUAUGUGUUAUGCAGAACGUCGACGGCAAGGGAUAUUUACAAAAUCCGAUGUUAACUAGGAAGGUUACGAGAAGGCUUAGCCCUCACUUACGGUCCCGUUGGUGCGAUUAUGCGGAGCACUACGGAAGUGUGGACGAACCGGACAUUGUCACAUUAUCCUAG